AUGCCCACCCCCACCAUCACAAUCACCCCCGUCCUCCACCCCACCGAAACACCCACCUACAUCACCACCUUCGCCAGCGCCUUCACACCCCCCUCAGCCGACAUGCUCAUGCCCCUAAUCUACCCAACCGGCCUCCAAGACCCUCAAGUGCAAGCCCACCUCCUCGCAACCUUCGAUGCCCCCUCCAAAACGAACCUUCUCUACCUCGCCAGAGACGCGGAGACGGGCGCGGUGCUGGGAUGUUCGGGGUGGGAGGUAUUCGAAGCUGAUGCUGAAGGGGAGGGGGAUGUCGAGGUUGAAGUGGCGAAGACCCUCGCCGCCGCAGAAGCGCAUCCAGCACCACCCGAACUAAACAGAAACAACCCCCUCCGCCGCGCCGCAAUCUCAGCCAUGGUCCGGUCUCGCUCCUCCCUCCCGAAACCCUUUGUCGAACUCACCAUCCUCGCCGUGAACCCGGAGCAGCAAGGGAAAGGGGUCGGGUCGGCGCUGUUGAGGGAUGGGCUGAACUGGGUGGAUGAGAUGAAAAUUCCCGCGUUUGUGGUGUCGAGCGGGCAGGGGAGGGCGUUGUACGAACGGUACGGGUUUGGGGAGGUGUGGGAUUUUGGGUUGGAUGCGAGGGAGUUUGGGGGCGAGAGGGAGGGACGGCAUUGGUGUAUGUGGAGGAAGGCGAGGGAGUGA